AUGCCUUCUCAAGUUUUGACUCAUGAGGAAGAGUAUGACCUGGCUGUACGCCAGGGAAAGGGCCUUGCCCAGCAAUUCUUCGAUCACGUUUUGCUCAACCCUUCUACUGUUGCUGUUGUUGAUGGUGAUACCAGCUUGACGUAUCAGGACCUACAUGUGCGGGCUGCAGUGCUCGCCCGAGAGCUCCGACGGGGGAAUCUGCAUUUAGAAGAGCCUGUUGGUGUUGUCGUGCAACAUGGAAUAUUAGAUGCCGUUGCUCAAAUGGCUAUCCUGUAUGCAGCGGGUACUUGUGUUCCCAUGGAUCCAACCCUGCCUGACCUGCAGAUCAAGGGUCGACUGGACAGAUUACAGGCAAGAUAUAUCCUCGUCGACAGGGCCAACCAGCAUCGAGAUCUACCAUUCCACCUCUUAGCUGUCGAUGAAUCAAGCGCGUCGUUCACCAAGAGCACGUAUGUCUGGGACAAUGAAGAGCCCAUGCAGACUACCUUAGAGCAUCGCACCCACAUCAUACAUACGUCUGGUACUACCAGUGAACCCAAGGCCGUUCAAAUUGCGGCACGCUCUAUUCUGCAGGUAGUUUUCCAUGCACCGUUCGAGCCUCUGUACCCCACCGAUAGAGUGGCCCAUGUCAAUAACUCAAGCUUUGAUGUCUCCCUUUUUGAUCUCUGGGCACCACUGUUACGCGGAGCUUGCAUUGUAGUUGUGAGCAAGAUUACCCUGCUCGAUCUAGAAGCCCUUGCAGCUUAUAUAGAUCGACAGAGAAUUACAGUGAUGGCUACUACCACCGCCAUUCUCAAUUUAGCGGCGUCGGUAUACCCUCGUGCAUUCGAGAAGUUGCGGUUGUGUUUCAUCGGAGGUGAAGCCGCCAACAUUUCCGCUAUCGAGACUGUUUUCCAAGCAGGGCCACCAACAGAGCUUAUCAACGCGUAUGGCCCGACUGAGUGCUGUAUAUUUUGCCUUGCACACAGAGUGACCAUCGCCGAUGUCCAAGCUGGAGGGGUCAGUAUUGGAAAGCCAAUCGGACGCACUAUAGCUUAUAUUUGUGACGAAGCUGGUCAACCAGUGCCGGAUGGGCACGAGGGCGAAUUGCUUAUCGGUGGGGCAGGUGUCUCACCAGGAUACAUCAACCUGCCCGACAAGAACAGAGCUUCCUUUGUGGCUAUUGAAGGCAGCGACUGUGAGCGGUUCUACCGAACAGGGGAUAUUGUACGCCGACGGGUGACAAAUGGCCAAAUUGAGUACGUUGGGAGACGGGACCAUCAAGUCAAAGUUCGCGGGUUUCGGAUUGAGCUCGAAGCAGUCGAGUCUGCGAUUAUGAAAACUGGGCAAUUUUCUGAGGCAGUAGCGUUGAAGGUUGAAGCUGGCUCCGAAGGGGCAGGUUCGAUCCUGGUUGCCUUUGCAGUUGCCCUCUCUGGAACCAAGCCUCACGCAGUCCUGAGUGCCGUGGAUAUGCUGAAAGCUGUCCUGCCGGACUACAUGGUCCCCAAAAUUGAGCUCAUCUCCAAAAUGCCCGUCAAUAGCCAUGCCAAGGUUGACCGAAAAUACCUCGAGCAGCUAUUCCGCAACCGAUGGGCCGAACAGCAUAUCGAUAUUGACAAUCAAAACAGCAUUCGCGGGAAACUUGCCAAUCUGUGGGCCAGCAUAUUGGGUGUACCUGUUCCCCCUUCCAAUGACAAUGCCGAUUUCUUCCUUCUUGGUGCUACGUCCAUGCAAGCUUCCUUGCUUAUCAGUCGAAUUCAGAAGUCCUUUGAGGUUCAGGUGUCUCUUCUGACUCUCUAUGAUAAUAGCAGCCUCAUCGGACUGGCUGGCAUAAUUGAAGAACGCAUACUGGGUACCCAGGAAAGCUUUUGCAAGGAGUCAGAAAGGCACAUGUGGCUUGAAGAUAGCAAGCUUGCAGACAACCUAGUUCCUCUGUCGGGCCCUCCGGUCGAUUGGUGCCGUGACACCGAGGGACGGGUGUUCUUAACCGGGGCUACCGGUUAUGUAGGCUCCUUCUUACUCGCCGAUCUACUGCGUCAGCCGAACGUGCAUCAAGUCGGAUGUUUGGUACGGGCUGUGGACCCCGCAACUGGCCUUAGACGUUUGCAAAAUGCUCUGGCAAAAUAUAAUCUAUGGGAGAACGGGUUUCGUUAUAAGCUGUUGCCCCUCUGCGGUACCCUAGAAGACAGGUAUCUUGGACUGGGGCCGGAUAGGUUUGAGGAAAUUGCCCACUGGGCUAGCGUUAUUUUCCACCUCGGCGCCCGAGUUAACUACACCCAGCCUUAUUCAUUGCAUCGUCCUGCGAAUGUCCAGGGCACGGUUAAUGUUCUGCGCCUGGCAUGUGCUGGCCGCUCCAAGGCGUUGCACUAUGUUUCCAGUAUCUCUUGUUUCGGCCCAACGGGAUUCAUUACUGGCACACGGACCGUUAUGGAAAAUGAACCUCUUCCGCGACACUUAGAAGCCCUUCCUUAUGACCACGGAUAUGCUCAAAGCCAGUGGGUGGUGGAGAACAUGUUGCAACGUCUGAUGGAUAACGGGUUCCCCAUCGUGGUAUAUCGACCCGGCUUUAUUACAGGACAUAGCCAGACGGGUGCUUGUAAUCCCGAUGACUUUCUCAGCCGGUUGAUCAUUGCAUGCGAAGAGAUGGGAUCCUAUCCUCUUCUUCCGAACCAAAGGAAAGAAUUCGUACCCGUGGACUAUGUCAACGCUGUUAUCCUGCAUAUCGCCUCGUCAACCACUACCGCUAUAGGCCGGGUCUACCAUAUUGUGCCUCCAAACCGAGACCUGUCAUUGGAUAUGAAUGACUCCAUGGAGUUAGUUGGCUCCUUGGCCGAGGGAGGCGGUUCUUCCGUGCGCGGUGUAAGCUACCAGCAGUGGGUCCAGGAGUUGGACAGACAGUCCCCGGAACGGCUUCGGCCAUUACAACCCAUGUUGACGGAAAAGCUAUACCAGGGACUCACUCGGUGGGAACUGUACGAGAACAUGCCCGUGUAUGACACUACCAACACCAGACAAGUGCUCGAGAGCUACCCCGGCGGUCUCAAGUUUCCCGUGUUAGAUUCUGACUUGAUGCAAAAAUAUAUCCGUUACCUGCAAAAUCAGCCAAUGUGUCCGAAAGAGGAAAAUUAA